UAGUCUUAUAUACCGAGGUGCAAAAUCUAGGCGAAAAUGUCAAAAUCCAUAACAUGUCCGAUUUUCGAUUCAGUCAUUAACUUCCUUUCCUUCUCUCGGUUGUCACAGUAGAGACAGAUCGACGUCCGCUACAAGCUCACUGAGCGGACUCAACAGAGUCGGUCAGUCCCAAAUCCCAAAACGAAGAUGGAACUCGACAUGGGAACCAUGGCGGCAUCCAUCGGGGUAUCGGUGCCGGUGCUUCGGUUUCUUCUAUGUUUCGUGGCGACGAUACCGGUGAGUUUUUCAUGGCGACUUGUUCCGGGUCGACUAGCUAAACACGUUUACUCCGCGUUUUCAGGAGCGUUGCUUUCCUAUCUGUCAUUUGGGUUCUCUUCGAAUCUGCAUUUCUUGGUGCCCAUGGUGUUGGGUUAUGCUGCAAUGGUUCUUUAUCGGCCCAAGUGUGGGGUUAUCACAUUUUUCUUGGGUUUUGGUUAUUUGAUUGGCUGCCAUGUAUAUUACAUGAGCGGGGAUGCAUGGAAAGAAGGAGGCAUUGAUGCGACUGGAGCCUUGAUGGUCUUGACACUGAAAGUCAUUUCAUGUGCAAUAAAUUACAAUGAUGGGUUGUUGAAAGAGGAAGGGUUACGUGAGGCUCAGAAGAAAAAUCGGUUGAUUAAGUUGCCUUCAUUGAUUGAGUAUUUUGGGUACUGCCUCUGCUGUGGCAGUCACUUUGCUGGUCCAGUUUACGAGAUGAAGGACUACCUUGAUUGGACUGAAGGGAAGGGGAUAUGGGCUCAUUCAGAUAAAAGAUCUCCAUCACCUUAUGGGGCGACUUUCCGAGCACUUGUCCAAGCUUCUAUUUGCAUGGCAUUUUAUCUGUACCUUGUACCGUAUCAUCCCUUGACACGUUUUACUGAACCCAUAUACCAAGAAUGGGGAUUAUGGAGGAAGUUGAGUUACCAGUAUAUGUCUGGCUUUACAGCACGUUGGAAAUAUUAUUUCAUCUGGUCAAUUUCGGAGGCCUCUAUUAUUAUCUCUGGCCUUGGUUUCAGUGGAUGGACAGAAUCUUCACCACCGAAACCGAAGUGGGAUCGUGCAAAGAAUGUUGACAUCCUAGGGGUUGAGCUGGCAAAGAGUUCUGUUGUGUUACCACUUGUGUGGAACAUACAAGUCAGCACCUGGCUUCGUCAUUAUGUUUAUGAGAGACUUAUUACGAAGGGGAGGAAACCUGGGUUUUUCCAGUUGCUGGCCACACAGACUGUCAGUGCUGUUUGGCAUGGAUUGUAUCCUGGGUACAUCAUAUUCUUUGUUCAGUCAGCUUUGAUGAUUGCUGGUUCAAGAGUUAUUUACCGAUGGGAGCAAGCUACUAAUAUGGCUCUUGUGAAAAAAGCAUUUGUCUUCAUGAACUUUGCUUACACACUCUUGGUUCUGAACUACUCCGCUGUUGGUUUUAUGGUAUUAAGCAUGCAUGAGACACUUGCCUCAUACAGUAGUGUGUACUAUAUCGGAACCAUCCUUCCCAUAGCAUUGAUUCUUCUUGGUUACAUUAUACCCGCAAAGCCUGCCAGAUCUAAAGCUCGUAAAGAGCAGUGAGGCUAAAGCCGUAUAUUCUUCUUUCUGGAGUGACGAAGAGCACUGGUUUCUCUGGUUAGGAUGAUUUGUGAUGCUCUUACCACCCUGGAAUUUUUUAGCAAGUUUUAAUCUUAUUUAAACAUGAUAUGGAACAACCAUUUCUGAAGUCUUGCAAUGUUAAUUUUAUGCUGAUGGCAGAUUGAUUCCUGUUCAUCAUUUUUUUUUUUUUCUGCUGCUUUAUUCCCACAACUAGAUGGUGUUAGCAUUGGAGACAGUUUGGAAGUUUUUUGUUUUCCCCC